AUGCCAGCCCCCGCGUCCACUCAAGCAGCAACGCUGCAGCGCUUCAUAUCCGCAUGGGAGAAAUGGGAAGCCCAAGAAUGGAUAUCCACCUUUUCUGACGACUUUCAACAAGUCACCAUGCCUCUUGGCUUAAACAUUCCCCCUCGUUCACGGAAAGAAGUUGAGGUCAUUUUGCCUGCUCUUAUGGCCACAGUAAAUUCCUACGAGCUCACAAUCCACCAUGUUGUCCACGACCCCGAGCACAACAAGGCUGCUGUAUACGCUACAUCCAAGGGACUUCUCCCGUGGGGAGACUGGAAUUUGGAGUACUCGAUAUUUAUAACCUUUACGGAAGACGGGGAAAAGGUGGCUAGGCUAGAAGAGAUGCUCGAUACCGCAUUUUUGCAGGACUUUGGACCGAAGUUUGGAAAGUACUUGCAGGAUCAUGGGGGGCCGAUUGCUGUUGCUGCUGGGCAAAAUUGA